GAACAGGUGAUGCUACAUAUUUGCGAUGUAUGAUAUGAUCGCCGUCAUCGUGCAUCCAAUCGUCACGCACGGACGACCUACCGUUGGACGACUCGUUACCUGGCUGUGAUAAUUCCAGAGAUCCGUCGCGCCCAUAUACGCGGACACGCGCCGCGAGGUGAUCACCGAGAUGACAGUGUCGAGAUAGAAUUGUGCCGAUAGGCAUCGCAAGAUCCAGAAUUAUUGAGCUGGGUACGUGGUGGUAGCAGCCCCGAGAGCGACGGUGAGACCAAAGACGUCGUCGCCGUCGGCGGCGUCGUCAUCAUUGUCGUCAUCGCGUGAGAGCUCCGCUUCGGAACUCCACCUUUCGCUCGGCCACGGGAAAACCCUCCCCGAGUCCGUGUCCGAGAAAGCGACUUAACCUUAACGCGUUUGACAUACGGAUGUACGCAUGGAGUGGAAGGGACGGCGUAGUUGUAAACAAAGCUUGCGUACCCGACCGAAGAGUAGUGAGAUGCUGGUCGAAUAAUUCCGCGUUAUCCUAAUGAAACGAGGAGAAAACCAUGGCUUUCCCACCUUUAGUCAGCUCCACACCACCGCCCUUAGACAACUUCGGAGAGUCCGAUGAGGAUGAAUUUGGAGACUUCACUGGUGGAAUAGAUGGUUUAUCUGUUUCAUCAGAGUCCCCACAAAAACUUGUCACUCCGAUGCAAACACCAAUAGCAUCACAGAAUAUAUCUCCUAGAAUAAAUGGUAUUAACGAGUCACCAGUAUUGGAUAGUUGCUCUAAGAUAAACAAAGCUUCAAAAUGUGGUGUUAUCGAUGAUCUGUUGAUCGUCGAGAAGACGGAGAACAAUGUGAGCCACAUAAGAUUGAAAGAUAGAACAGAUAAUAGUAAUGUAUUGGAAAAUAAUUUUCAAGACUCUAGUAUAACGGAACACAAUAUAUUAGAUUCAUCUAGGAGUGGCGAGUCGUGUAAUGUUGAGAUUAGUAAUAGCGUUGAUCACGUUUGUACUCGGAAUGUUUUAGCUAAGGAAAAUUUUGUUGAUACAGAUAUAAUUAGUAGCAACAAUAGUAGUUUAGCUGAUAGUGUAAAAACAGCUAGUGAGCAGGAGGGAUCGUCGAAUGGUUUGGAGGCAAAUGACGAGGUAGAACCCGUGAGUCUAGACUUGGAGGAUCCCACGAGUUCGCCGGACAUUCUGCAACAAUUGGACGAUGAUUUUUAUAAUUACGAACAGUUUAAAGAUGCCACUGAAUGGGACGACGCUGAUAAAAAAGUGGAUGUAACCAUGACGGUUCUGCAGACGGAUUAUAUGAACGAUAAGCCUAAUUCUAUGGAUGCGGAAUCUAACGUAACGGAUGAGAUUGAAGAAACUUACGCGCCAUACGGCGGGAAUGAAAUCUGUGUCAAUGAUACUAACGAUAAAUCUACCUUCAGUCACGACGAGAGGACAAUUUCCAGUUUUGUUACCUCACAGGAACUUAAUGUAGAUGGUACCAAUGUUUUUAGACAACCAGACUGCGAAUUCAGUAUUCAGUCGAAAUAUAUAGAAAUGUACGAUGUAAUAUCUAACACCGAGACGAGUAAUGAGAAAUCGAGUAGAACUGCAAAUAAUUCUUUCCGUUUUGAUUUUGCUUUCGACGACGAUACUGUAAGAGAGGAAUCAAAUUUAGAUGAUACAUCUGUACAUCCACAUAUUGAAGACAUUCACCUUCGAAACUCUAGCAAAAAAAGCGAUACGAGUACUUUUCCUAAUAAUUUCUACGAUAUAGCUGAUGUAAAAAAUACUGUACAAUCAAAAGAAAACAAAUAUUUAGCAGUAGAAACGAAAAAUCAAACUGUUCAAAAAAUAGGUAUGAAUGAGGCGAGUGAGGAAAUUUCCAUUUAUUCCGAAGAAAAAGAGUCAAGUAACGAAGAGACACGAAAACAGUAUAUUCCGGAAAACGGUUUUGACGCACACGUUAAUUCCAAUUUUACAGAAUUUAUGGAGCAUAGGGAUUUCGACAAUGUAUCGGAAUUGACAAAUAACUACAAUUCGAUAUCCAGUAAUGGUACAUACGAGACAGUACAAAUUCAUGAUUUACAUACAUCUCCAGUUGAUGCAUCUUGUAUACAAAAAUUUUCACCAAUUAAAGAAGCUUCACUGCCAUCUACUAAUGCAUCCCUCGACUGUUUAAAGGCUAAAGUUAAUAUUACGAGUACCACAAGCAAAGAUAGUGCCACAUAUAAAAACGAAAAUUCUGUAAUAUAUUUUAGCGAUGGUGAAUUUUAUGAUUUUCACUUACAAGUGAUUGAACCAACAGCAACCGAAGCACAAGAGAAUAGCUGUCCUGGAUUCAAUAGUCCUGGUGCAAAUAAUGAGGAUGAUGAUUUUGGCGAUUUUACCAAUUUUUCAAACACAACGGUAGAAUUGAAAUCUGAUGAUACGAAGGAACUGAAGGUACCUGAGGACGAUGAUUUUGGAGAUUUUAGUAAUUUCGAAAUGUCAACGGAUGUAGUAGAAACACAACAGUUUAGUUUAAAAAAAUCUAUAUGUCGGAUAGAAAAUAAGAAUGCCGCGAAUAAAAUAGAAGAUAUAAUAACAAACAUGUUUCCUAUAGUUUCUGAACAUAAUAAAGUUGAAUUGAAAGCCUUAAUAGAUAAGAUGGAUAAAAUUUGGAAGAAUGUGAAGAGCGUGGAAGAAACCAAUGCUCUUACUUAUCAAUGGGCGAACAGUAGUAGUAACAACGUUCUUUUGAAUGCUCUUGGCAUCGAUUCCCGGAAUAUUCUGUUUGGACCGAGAUGGAAUCCGAAUAUACCGAGGUUUGCUGCAAAUCUUGGUUUUACUCCAUUAGAGCCAAUUAAAGCUACUGCUGAACCUCAACAGUCUUCUGCAGCCAGUAUCAGCAAGAUGCAGGGUACAGCUUGUUCAGAUGAAGUACCUGCCGCCCAAUUUGAUUGGAAUAGUUCUGGCCUUGUAAAUCCUCUAGAUGCUAAUACAGGUGGUGGUGGUGGGUUAUCCGCUCUUCUGCCUCUGGAUUUGUUGUGUCCAUUUGACCCUCUACUAACACCCCAUUGCUCCACACAUUCCGAAUCCUAUCAUCAGUCAUCUUGCUCAACGAACUCCGUUUAUCACUAUCAAUCAGAAGCAGUUGUACAAGAAUUAAGUAGUCAAUCCGUGAAAUCGCAAAAUUUAUCUGAAUUGACGAGCAGUUCACUAAAACAGCAAAAACUAUCUCAGACAUCCAAAAUAAUAGAACCAUUGCCAGGACCCUGUACAGUGGAAUGGAAGAAGUCGGAGUCAGAUUUCGGAGUCAAACAGAAAAGCAAUCCAUCGCAUCGAGCAUUGAGAAGUGUCCCUCUGACCAACAAUAAGUCAUUUUCAGUAAGCAAUAAUACCUCCAGGGUACAAGAGUAUCAUAGAAAGGUAGUGGUAGGUAAAAAAGAGAAUACGCAAGGUGCGGAACACGUGGUCAUGGACCGAUAUGGUCGACCAAUGACUGUGCAAGCCGAGACCGUGAAAGUUUUGAAUCAAUUACCGGAUUUGUCAUUUUUGAAUGCGAGAACUUUGCUGUUCAAUCGCGAGCAGAGGCAAAUUGUACCGGAUCUGGGCGCUAUGAUAAAUCGGAAGAUGCCUGGCUGAGUAACAUCGGUCUGAAUGCGAGUUUGAAAGGGCAAACGCGAUAGGAAACUUCCCAGAGAAUCUGUUGCGAGGUGGAUGUUUCUAAAUGACUCAUACAAUCAAAAUGUACUUCUGCUACCUUUCAAACCUGUGUUCAGACCAACCUUUGAUCCAACUUUGGCUCUUCCACAUCAGGAAAGGGUAAAAAGACGUCACGUGUGAAAGACACUGUCCUACAUUAAUCUAUUCGCUUGCGGCACCGAGCAAUGCACUUCGACAUUCCGAAUCGUCAUUGUUUUGUGAUUUUAUAGCGCUACUGGUAUUGUUACUGAACCUUUGAAAGUCUUUACUUUGUUGCGCAAUUGUAAUUUAACGUUGUACCGAUCGUUUCGGAAAUUAUGGCACAUUUAUUUCGUUAACUCAACAGUUGUAUAAUCUUUGUUAAGGCCAUUUUACAUUGGUCAUAGUAGUAAGAAGUAAGCAUUAAGUAGGCCAAUCACUAUCGAUUAUUUUUGAAUCGUAAAAAAAAAUGGGUCAAUUUGCUUACUAUUUACUUACAACUACUGCUACAGCCAUUGUAGAAUAGCCCUUAAAGAUGGUUUUACGUCCUUAAUUAGAUAUAAGAGCUCACACAUUCGGCCAUAUUCUAGUCUACAGUCUUUAAUAAUUACGUUUUAUAUAUUAUAUAUUAAAAGAGAUUUAUUCGAGAUGUUUGUUUUCGACGAUAAUUGCGGGCAAUUGAGCAGCGCUGGAGUAUUACAUUUCCGCUUAUAUUUCAAAUUUGUAGUUUAUUCAUAUUUCAAAAAUUUACCUAAUAUUCUGGAACUACUUUUGGAUAAAUAAACCUGAAUAUUUACCUUAUACAUUCAAGGAACCGCGCGUACUUUGUACGAUGUUUAUCUGUUACAAUUUCAAACAAUCAUAUUCCCACAAUCAGUCAUAUAGAGAAUACAUACAUAAAUACAUACACACACUUUAACUAUCCCAAGUAAAAACUAUAUACUAAUUGUAAGUCAAUUAUCGUAGAUUGACGAGAUUGAUAUUUGUAAUGAAAUCGUCGAGUGAUACGUUUAUCAAAUUCGCUUGAUGCUUUUAUUGCACAUUUUAAAUUUCUACUGUGAAACAUGAUGUACUUAAUUAUGUAAAUUUCGGCAUUUGCAUAUUGAUUAUUAGAACGAUAAAUAUUAUUAUUACUAUUAUUCGUUAUUUAUGAAUGAUAACAUUGUAAUAUAUAUUUUAUGUAAAAUAUAUUGUGGAUAACAUUAACACAUAGGCAAUCUAA